UGGAAUCAAACAAGAGUCAAUCAGGAAAUAAUCAAUUCGGGAAAAAGAAUGAUGUACAUGUGAAAAAAAGGAGAAUUCCUUAUCAUUUGGAUGUAGAAAUCUCCAAAUUUCUGAAAUCCCAGAAUCCAACAUAAAAGAGUUAAUAAUAGUAGCCAACUUAUUUGGUAAAGCCGGACUACCUAUGGAUCUGUCCAACAUGGGAUUCAAACAUAAAUUAAAAUCACUGCCCAUUAUCAACAUAUACUCGUUUAAAUUAGGAAAGGAAGUGAGUAAGUGUUUAAAGAAUUCAGGAUAAUCCACACUCGGAGCAUAAACAUUAACCAUAGCGACCUUUUUAUUAAAAAGUACCCCAGUAAUUAACAGAAAUCUGCCAUUAGCAUCUGAAAUAAUGUCUUGAUGAAUAAAUGUAAUUGAAGGAUCAAUAAAAAUUGAAACACCUUUAAUUUUGGCUUGAGCAUUUGAAUGGUAUUGUUCUUUUUUCCAAAACUUAAAGAAGCGUUGAUUGUCCUCUUUCCUUACAUGAGUCUCUUGUGCAAAAAUAAUAUGAGCAUUCAGUCUUUGGAACACUUUGAAAAUCUUUUUCCGUUUUAUUGGAUGGUUUAAACCAUUUGUAUUCCAAGAGACAAAAUUAAUAGUAUGAGCCAUAACUGAAAAUUAACCCUUUGGUAAGUAAGGGGUUAACCAUAAUGUGAGCUCAUGAAAUCGGAAGAGGAAUACAUGAUUAGAGAGGAACCGGAAAUCUCGACACUGCGGACAUCUUUGUAGUUCUGAAUCAGCCCAAUAGAAAAAAUUAGAAAAGAAAAAGACAACCCCCUCCCCCAAACCCAAGUAGAACCCCGAACUAAGCCAGAGAAGGCUGAAGAAAGCACUAAUACUAACUUUAACCCCAUUUCUGCAGGGGGCAACUCCAAAAAUAUAUGUUAAAUAAGUGACCUUCCGAAGACUAAUAUAUGUGAAAAAUAAACAGUAUAGUAAAUUAGUCUACAUAGUAAAAAUUACUAAAAUAUAUGAAAUUAAAAAAAAGUAUUAGUACAUAUAAUUGGUUAAUUAUAAGCGAGUAAAUAAAAAAUCGCUUCCAAAAGAAGAAAAAUGGAUUAUGGGAAGAAGAAGCAUAAGAGCAUGGCGUCCCGAAAAAAAAACAAAGGAGAUUAUACAAAAAGAAAGACCAGUCGCCAUUUUAACUAUGCGAAAACCAAAAAUAGGAAACAUAUAACUACAAAUGACCGUCGGAUCCGAUCAUUAGUAAUAACGAAAAAGGAAAAGUUAAAACAAAAGGUUAACUAAGGGAAAAUGAUGUUAUUCACAGGAGAUAAAUGUUCUAUAUAAGUUAUAGAAUAAUCACUAUAGUAAUAAACAAAGAACAAAAUUCUUAGACUUAUAAAAAAACCUUCAUCGCACAGUAGUAGAAGGUUUAUUUUGAAGAAAAACACCAGAGAGAGAAAAAAAAUUGGUGCUGGAAACACCAGACACAAAUUAAGAGAGGGUGUCUGUAUCAGAUGGGAAAUUAUCAUCCAAAAAGCUUCAAGCGGCAGUUGUAGAAUGGAAGACACGACGAUUUCCAUCAGGAAGAGAGAUUCUGAGUCGUGCAGGGUACAAUAGUGCCGGUUUGAGAUUUUUUUGAUAGCAUUCCGACAUUAAAGGUUUAAAAGUCAGUCGUUCCUUCAUCACUUCAGAACUGUAGUCUUGAACUAUCCUGAAGGAAUGCUGACGAUACUUGAUCAUCCCUUGUCGACGAGCAGUCUGGAGAAGUUGUUCUUUAACAUUAACAUAAUGGAAAUGAAGAAUAACUGGUCUGGGUUUGGAAACAGCAGCUGCCGACUUUAUCCACGGUAUACGAUGGGCGCGGUCGAGUAAUGGAGGAUCGUUGGGAAAAACUGAACCGAACGAAUCCUUUAAAAGUUGAGCAAAGAAUAUUGCAGGAUCUCCAACCUCAACGUCCUCGGGCUGGCAUCUUUGAAGAUGACUACUAUGACGGGGCUUGGUGUGCUGGCAGGAACGAUUAUUCACAGUGGUUUGAACUGGAUGCCAGAAGACUAACUAAGUUCACUGGUGUUAUAACACAGGGAAGAAAUUCACUUUGGUCGAGUGACUGGGUGACAUCAUACUGUGUUUUGUUGAGCAAUGACAGCUAUAGUUGGGUCACUGUUAAGAAUGGAUCAGAUGAUAUGAUAUUUCCAGCGAAUCAAGAGAAAGAGAUUCCUGUGCUGAACAAGUUCCCUGCUCCAAUAGUUGCUCGUUUUAUUAGAAUAAACCCUCGUAGUUGGCAUGAGGAUGGUGACAUCUGCAUGAGAGUGGAGAUCCUGGGCUGUCCCAUGCCAGAUCCUAAUAAUUACUACCACAGGCGGAAUGAAGUCACUACAACAGAUGAGCUUGAUUUCAAACAUCACAAUUACAAGGAAAUGAGACAGAUGAUGAAGAUAGUUAAUGAGCAGUGUCCAAACAUCACCAGGAUCUACAACAUUGGCAAGAGCUUUCAAGGAAUGAAACUGUAUGCCAUCGAAAUCUCUGAUAAUCCAGGAGUGCAUGAAGUUGGGGAGCCUGAAUUCCAUUACUCCGCAGGAGCUCGUGGUAAUGAAGUACUUGGGCGUGAGCUGCUGCUCUUACUGAUGCAGUUCAUGUGCCAGGCCUACCUGGCAGGAAAUCCACGAAUCAAGCAUCUGGUAGAGGAGACGAGGAUUCAUCUGUUACCUUCUAUUAAUCCUGAUGGUUAUGAGAAAUCUUUUGAGAUGGGUUCAGAAUUGGCAGGCUGGUCUUUGGGACGUUGGACUCACGAUGGUAUCGACAUCAAUCACAACUUUCCUGAUCUCAAUUCUGUCUUUUGGCAAGCUGAAGAACGCAGAUGGGGGUAUAAGAAAGUGAACAAUCACCAUCUACCAAUCCCUGAGUGGUAUUUAUCCAAAAACACCACUGUUGCACUUGAAACACGAGCAGUGAUUGCCUGGAUGGAGAAGUUUCCUUUUGUGCUGGGUGGAAAUGUACAAGGAGGAGAACUGGUGGUGACAUAUCCAUUUGACAUGACGAGGUACAGCACAAAAGUUCACGAGUAUACCGCCACGCCAGAUGACCAUGUCUUCCGCUGGCUAGCAUUCUCUUAUGCUUCCACUCACCGUCUCAUGACAGACGCAAAUAGGAGGGUGUGUCACACAGAUGAUUUUGCCAAGGAAGAUGGAACCAUAAAUGGGGCAUCAUGGCAUACAGUAGCAGGAAGUAUGAAUGACUUCAGCUAUCUGCACACAAAUUGCUUUGAAGUAUCUAUGUACGUGGGCUGUGACAAAUUCCCUCAUGAGAGCGAACUACCAGAGCAGUGGGAAAACAACCGAGAAUCCCUUCUUGUUUUCAUGGAACAGGUUCAUCGGGGUAUCAAAGGUUUAGUGCAAGAUAAACAUGGAAGAGGAAUUCCAAAUGCUGUGAUAUCAGUUGAAGGCAUAAAUCAUGAUGUUACAACAGCUGCUGAUGGGGACUAUUGGCGACUCUUAAAUCCAGGCGAAUACAAGGUCACGGCGAAGGCGGAAGGCUACUCAAGUGCAACCCGAAGCUGUGAGGUGGGGUACGACAUGGGAGCGACGCCGUGCCACUUUGUUUUGGCCCGGACAAACCUGGCAAGAAUUAAAGAGAUAAUGGAGAAAUUCGGGAAGCAGCCGAUUAAUCUGUCACUUAAACGGUUCAGGCGGGUUCGGCAUAGACGUCGCCAGUUGUAGGAACUCCUCCCAUGCAAAACCUGACCAAAACAGACUUCUCUAUAUUGUUACAUUGCGAGAUGUUUUAUACAAAAUAGUGCAUUCUUUUAAAGUACAAGAUGCAAUUGGUAUUUGUAUUACCUGUGACUACAGCAUUCAUUGUCUUAUUUUAAUAGAACAUAUGCAACUUUUACAUUAUUCAGCACUUUUUCUGCAUGAUGUACCACACACUAGUCCACACUUACAUAGGACAUUUUAACUAUUAUUGUUUGGAAACACUGGCCCCCUCUAACAGAGACUAUAUUGGUUUUAUUCAUAUAUCACAUAAAUUUAUCCCUUUAGCUUUUCUCCAUAUAAAGUCAUCAUAAAGUUGUAGAAAAGUACAGCACAGAAACAGGCUCUUUGGCUCAUCUAGUCCAUGCUAAGCCAUUUAAACUCCUUACUCCCAUUGACCUGCACUGGGACCAUAGCCCUGUAUACCCUUCCCAUCCGUGUACCUAUCCAAACUUCUCUUAAAUGUUGAAAUCAAGCUUGUGUGCACCACUUACUCUGGCACUUGUUCCAUGCUCUCAUCACCCUCUGAGUGAAAAAGUUUCCCCUCAUAUUUCCCUUGAGCAUUUCACCUUUCAUCCUUAACCCAUGACCUCUAGUAGUAGUCCCACCAAACUUCAUUGAAAAAAGCCUGCUUACAUUUACCUUAUCUAUACCCCUCUAAUCUUCUACGCACCAAGGAAUAAAAUUAUAAUCUAUCCAGCUUUUCCUUUUAAGUCAGGAACUCCAGACCCUGCAAAAAGCUUGUAAAUUUUCUCUGUAUUCUUUCAACCUUAUUGACAUCUUUCCUGUAGGUAGGUGACCAAAACUGUACACAAUACUCCAAAUUAGGCCUCACCAAUGUAUCAAUAUAUUGAAAGAGUUUAGUUUAUUACAGAGUUAUGAGUUGUACUAUAAAUAAAUAGGAACAAACAUAAUGGACAUGUGAGGAAAGACCAGCUGACUCAGCAAGCCUAUUACAUUCGAUGGCAUAGUCAUCGUGGCUGAAUAUGUUCUCUCUGCCCUAACUCUGCCAAAGUCAUGCCAGAACCCACAAAUCAUAAUCAAAACAAAAGUAGACACAGUAAGAUAAAAUUACUCUACAGCUCACUCAUUUGAUGAAACUAAUCUGGGAUUUAGCAUAUACUAAAUAUUAUCUGCAUGGAUACUUCCUUGGUAUAUAGUUUCAAUUGUUCCAUUAAAUACCUGAGAAUAUAUUCAAUAUACAACCUGAAAUUCUUGUUCUUCACAGACAUCCACGAUAACAACCCCAAAAAUGGGUGACAGUUAAAAAUGUUAGAACCCCAAAGCCCCCCCACUCAUCCCCCCAGUUACUUCAGCAAAAGCAUUAACACUGUCCAUCCACCAAGCAAGCAAUAGCAAAGCCCCCAAGAAAGGCUCAAGAAAGAUAUGAGAGGAUCAUGGCACGGCAGGCCUAGGGAGAAAGAAAGGGGGAGGGGGGAAGCCCAGAGGAUGGGCAAGGAGUAUAGUGAGAGAGACAGAGGGAGAAAAAGGAGAGAGAAAAAAAUUAAUAAUAAUUAAAAAUAAUAAAUAAAUAAAUAAAUUUAACUGUUGUCUUUCUACUUUAGUCAAUAACCUUCUAUAAUCUGUGCAUAAUUACAUCAAGACAGAGCCUCCUUCAGUGUUGUCUUCUGCAAAUGAUGCAUGGAUUUUAAGUUCAAAGUUAAAAGUCCAUUUAUUAUCAAACUAUGUAUACUGUAUAUAACCUUGAGAUCCGUCUCCUUACAAGCAGCCACAAAACAAAGAAACCCCAAAGAACCUAUUAAAAAGAAGAAGAUCAUCAAACACCCAAUGUGCUGGAAAUAAACAAAUUGUGCAAACAAUAAAAGUAAGCAAAUAACUAAACUUCACAAAAGUGAGAUUACAGACGUGAAGCCAAUCAUCACUGCAGCCAUUUCAGGAGCCCGUCACUUGCAGUCUACAUCUUUAGUUCUGUUUGUUUUAUUUGAUUUUGCAUUUAUCUAAAUUAAAUGCCAUUUGGCAACCUGUGAUCCAGUCCUUGAGCACAUUGCAAUCUUUGAGAUUUCAUUGCUCUUCACUGCAUUAUUCACUCUUGCUCAGGUUUUGGAGUUAUCCAUAAAUAUACUUUCCAUACUGUGCCCAGAUCAAUAAUCAAAAGAAAAUCGUGUAACAGGUUUAAUACCAACCCUGGCCCUGCCACUAACAACAUAUCUCUAAACUGAACUGAAUUUGUUCAGUAGAAACCUUCGGCUGCAGCACUGGAGCCAAUUCCUAAUUUGGUGCAAAUUUUUUUACUAAUGUAGUCAUGUGAAGUAGCUUAGGGAAGGCCAAGUAUAUUUAAGAUAGGAAAUGAUAGAUUCUUGAUUAGUCAGGGCAUGAAGGAUUAUGGUGAAAAGGCGGGAGACUGGGACUGAGAAGGAAACGGAUCAGCCAUCAUGAAAACCAUGAGACGUAGGAGCCGAAUUAGGUCAUUUGGCCCAUUGAGUCUGCUCUGCCAUUUUAUCAUGACUGAUCCAUUUUCCUCUCAGCCCCAAUCUUCUGACUUCUCCCUGUAUCCCUUCAUACCCUGACUAAUCAAGCAUCUAUCAACCUCUACCUUAAAUAUGCCCUAGGACCUGGUCUCCACAGCCGCCUGUGGCAACAAAUUCCAUAGACUCACCACUCUCUCUUUUCCAUUCUAAGUGAUCAUCCUCUGUUCUGUGGCUGUGUCCUCUGGUUUUAGACUCCCCCACCACAGGAAACAUUCUGUCCACAUCUACUCUGUCAAGGCCUUUCAGUGUAAUUACCCCCCCCCCCCCUCCAUUCUUAUGACUUCCAGCGAGUAAAGGCCAAGAGCCAUCAAACGCUCCUCAUAUGAUAAGCCUUCCAAUCCUGGAUAUCAUCUGGUUCUUGACAAUUUUAUGCAAAGAUUCUUCCAUGCAAGCUUAAGCACAAGUACAGGGAAUGGCUAAGCAUUCAAACAUUUAAACAAAGUGAAGCAAAAUAUCAUGUAUUAAACAUUUAGGUCUGCCCAACAAUCUUACAUACAGACAGACUACCUGAUUUUUAUUUUGGUGUGAUGCUUUUCUGUAGAAACUGGUCUAAACUGAAAUCACCUAUGGAGCUGCAACAUUAUAGGAUUAUUCACUGAAAUUGUUAAAUCCUGUGAAUACUUCAGCUAUACAUUUUAGUAAUAUUAUCAUAGUAAUCUUAUGCAAAUAUAUUUUGUUUAGUUCUGGCUGCAGAUAUCCAGCGAUCUAGACCUGUUUCAUUGCCAUACAUUCUCAGGUCACAUAGCAGAACUCCAUUUUACUGGAGAAAUUUCACACAUUCUUCAAAUUGCUGCCAACAAUGCAAUUAGAAAUCUGUUUUCGAUCCAUCUUUCUCAUAAUAAAUUCUGAAAGAGUACAGAGAAUUGCACUGAAUGCCCAAAUAAAGGAAGCAUUCGUUUUCUUUAAACAUGAUUCUUCAGAACCUAAUUAACCAGCCGACCUACAGCUGCUCACGAAUUCUAAUAUAAACACUGUCUCAGACACCCUAACACUAAAUUGUGAUGAUCUGUGUAACAUGUGAAAAGCCAGCAGCAAAUACAUAAACAAUAUGUGGUUUGCAAAAUACGAAGUAUGCAGUAUGUUUAAGAGUUAUGUAUGGCAUUAUUUUAAUCUAUCUUAAACGUUGUCUUCAUUGGUUCUGACACCAUGCCAAAUUCCAAGUUCUAAUUGCUUUCAGCCAAAAGCAAAUGGGCAGACAAAUAUGUCUCUAGUCAGCAGUGCUAGUUGUACCCAACUCCGUGCAUGAAGUCAGUCGAAGCAUUGGAUGGGGCAGAGGCGAGGGGGAUGUGAAGAAUCAAGUGGUGCCCUUACACACUUUAACCAUUGAAACCAAAUGGAAAAAAUUCAUACUCUUCAAAGUACAGACUAUUAUCACUGAAUGAAUCUGUGCUGCAAUAAAUGUCAGAAAAUUGAAACAAUGGAGUAUGUCAUGAAAUAAUCACAGAGGUUAAGGUUAGCUUUUAGUUUGAACCAUUGAAAAGCUUUUAGCCAUAAGUCGAUAAGAUAUAGGAGUAAAAUUGGGCCAUUUGGUCCAUCAAGUCUUCUCCACCCUUUCAUCAUGGCAGAUCCAUUUUCUCUCUCAAACCCUUCUCCUUAUAAUCCUUCAUGCCCUGACUAAUCAAGAAUCUAUCAACUUCUGCCUUAAUUAUACCCAGUGACAUGGCCUCAACAGCUGCCCAUGGCAACGAAUUCCCAGAUUCACCACUCUCGGGCUAAAGACAUCCCUCUAUUUCAAGGCUGUGUCCUCUGGUCUAAGACUUCCUUUCCACAGGGAACAUCCUCUCCACAUCUGCUCUGUCGAGGCCUAUCAACAUUUUAUAGGUUUUGAUGAGGUCAUCCCUCAUUCUUCUGAAUUCCAGUGAAUAGAGGCCCAGAGCCGUCAACUGCUCUUCAUUAAAAAGCUUUUGAUUUAUUGAUGUGCCCACUGUGCUCACGCUGAAAAUGAUCUCCAUGGAGAAUAAUUGUGCAUUUAUUUUCUUAUUCGGUUUCAUCAAUGUACUGACAGUGUUUUGGGACUGGAAUCCCCUUUUAACUGACUUAACACAGACAGCCAGCUCUGUUAAUGCUAAGACUCACCGGAUGCAAGGCUAUUAAUUAUUGAGUAGUAUACCCACUUCCUGUGCCUCACCAUUGCUGGAUUCAACACAGACGUCACACACUUUUCUAUCAGACACUGAGUGAUCCAGCAGGAUGUCCUUAUAACCCGAGUGCUUAAAAGUGAUUGAGUAUUAUUUAAUUUAAUUAGUGUUCUUCAAAAGAGCAGGGUAUGUUUUUCCAGGGCCCACAGGCAGUACCUCCACCCUGAUACCAAUUGCCAUAUGAUUCAAAUUUCCUUCAGGCCCAGUCUCUCAUUGACUUCGGAUGUGAACCAACAAUUCUUCAGUGCACUGAUCUGAUAACUCUCAGUGUGUGGGCAACAUUACCUUUGCUACACUUAAAGUAUUCAAAUUGUUUUGUGCACCAAAAGUCACCCAUGUUGAGGAGGAAUGAAAUUAAAUUUAAGCUAAGAAAUUCUGGGUCAGAGUUCCCUGAGGUAAAUUGGUGAACUGGUUGAGUUUCAAUGGUAAUUCAGCAAGCCCAAAUGAAAAUUAUUUUCUCCAUCAAUCAUGCUCUCAGUUUGGUUUGAAAUUGGAAAACACUUCCUGAUUACUAAAUGAAAUAUUCGGAACAUUUUAUUUCCUUGCUGAUCUAGUUUUAUUUUACAUGUGCUAUUUUGAGAAGAGUGGCUGUUUUUAAAAUGUAAUUCUUCCACCAAUGUUAUUUCUCCUAUUUAAUACUUCCAAAUCUACUUGUCCCAUUUCCACUCUCCUUCCUUCCCACCCUCGCUUCAAUCUUUAAUUACAUGUUCUUCAACAGGAUGUCACUCUGAAAACAUGGAUUCACAUCUCUCUUUGCCCUUUACCAGCCUGCAUUCAAGUGCAUCUGCCCUCGUAUUCUAAAGGAUUACUUCUUUGGUUUUCAUCCUUUGCAAUUCGCUAUCAGUUAUAAAGUUAUUUUUCUCUUCCUCUCUCUUUUCAUAAUGAUAUCUGCCACCCACUGGCUCGAGGGGACCUGUCUAUUUGUUUAUUUUUUGCAUACGCCCUGAGGCUAAAGGUACACUGCCUUUGGUGGGAUGGAGAAGGAAAAACAGUUCUUGUGCACAAGUUGGAGCCAAAGCCUUGCAUUUUAAGAAGAAGGGUGGUGAGGAAAUGGAACUGUAGCAGCAGCUGGAAGAAAUUCUUUUGAGAAAAUAUGAAAAGGUAGCAUUGUUUUUGUUCAAAUUUACUUAAGGCAAAAAUAUAAAAAUAACCAUAAUAAUUAAUUGGAAGCAGAAAAAUGUCAGGCACUGGUUAACACAAAUAAAAAGUUUUGCAAUGAUUCUCAGGGUAAAUUUUCAAUGGAUAACAGGAUAAUAUUUGAGUCAUGAUUUUAUCGGUAAGUUCGAUUUUAAAUACUCGACCUAAAAUGCAAACCAAAUUUGCUUUAGAUCUCACAAGUGGAAGUAUGGACUGUAAGUGGAGGUUAUGAUCCACAGAAGGACAUUUUCAUGCUAGUUGUAAUCUUCAGAAGCUGUUACUUCCCUUUAAUGAAGUGCUACAUUAAAGUCAUUUUUAUUGAAGCCUUUGUCAUAACUCUGAUAAAAAGUUUGGCGUAGAUGCAAACUUAAAGCUGAUAGCAAAACUUGGAGUUUAUGUGUAUAUGAAAUGUUAGCAGCAUUUUCCAAAUCACUUUGAUUAUUUUAGUUGCUGUUUACAAACAAUUAUUCUGGCUUGGCAAGUAAGCAGAAUGUAAUUUAAACAUUUUUAUUGAUGUGGCUGAGGUUCUAAAUGGUGCCUUUCAUAUUCCUGCAUAAUUAUUAUAUAAUUAUAUAAUUUUAUAUGUUCAGUGUGCACUUGGAUUUAUGGUUGAAAUUAUAACCUGGAUGCCAAUAACAUUUUUAUUCUAAGCCUACUAGAAUGAUUAUUCAACAUUAAAUUGUCACUUUGUGCUAAUUUGUUAAACUGAAGCCAUCUGAACUCAAAGUGUUCCUGCACCUUAAUAAA